AUGACCGAUGAGAGAUCACUGUAUGAUCAAUUUUCCGAUCUAAUUGGGCAUCCCACGCACGUAAAGCUACGAAAUGGCACAUACACGUAUGGCAUUCUUUAUUGUAUUGAUCCUGAGACUGACCACGUGGCAUUGUUGUGUCCGUCGGGACACGAAAGCAUGAGCUACAACAUGAACGUUGUGUUUGCACACAAUAUUUACGACAUCGAAAAGUGGGGACAUGAAGAUAUGAAUAUUUCAACACUGGCAGCAUUGCAGCAGAAGCUCAAGGAAGGUCUUAAUUCAAUUGAAUGA